AUGAACAAAGCCGGCAAGCGAAGCUACCAAAGAGCUUGUAAAGUUGCCCUGGCGAAGGGAGCAGCACUUUACAAAGGCCGUCUUCUGACAGCUCAGGCUCUAGGAGCUCAUGAAGGACAAUUCGCGUCUCCUGCGAAAGCGGAGAGGCGUUCUUUUCAACCGAACAGACAGAUCCAUCACAAAUUUGACAUGGAAGUCCUUACUUGGAACGCAGGCUCAAUUACAAGUCGAGUUUGGAACGAGAUUCUGGCCCUUUUGGCAACAACAGAGUACAAGAACAUCAAAAUCGUUUUCCUGCAGGAAUCGCAUUGGCAGCAGGACCAGGUCUACAGCUCAGGCCCGUGGUCAGUCCUAACCUGUGGCUCAACAAGCAGACACAAGGCUGGCCUGGUUGUCUUGGUGCAUAGCUCACUGGCUCCUCUUUCAGAAAUUCUCAGCACUUCCAUUGUUCCAGGGCAUUUGCAGCACGUCAUGAUCCCGUGGCAGAGAUCCAGAAUACAUCUCCUGAACCUGUACCAGCACGUCUGGGAUUCAAAGCUCUCGAAGACGGAAAACAGAGGCAGGAGAAAGGACGUGAUGACACAGCUCGAAAAUCGAAUACAGAGAGUCCCACAACGUGACUUCUUGAUUGUGGCUGGGGAUUUCAAUGCGCAUGCGGUGACUGAACGUCCUCAUAUCGGACCAAGUGUGCCUCAUCGAGUACGGUUUGCAAAUGCGGAUGUGAAGACACUGCCCUCGCUCUGCAAAUCCUGUGGACUAACUGCGCUGAACACAUGGGCUUCUGGCCAUCGCAGUACGUAUGCUAACAGUGAUGGCACAUAUUCCUCUCAGAUCGAUUUUCUGCUGGUCAGACUGCACGAUGCUCGGAGGAGAUCCAAGGAGGCCUACUCGGAUAAGAACUUUCCUGUGGCUGCCUACAGAGAUGGAUCAAAACACUUUCCAGUGCGAGCCACUCUGUUCAUUCCUCCUUACAGUCCUACACCCAGCAAGCCACGGCCGUUUGAUGCCACAGCCCUGGAUGCGAGCUUUCGGCGGAAAGAUGACAACUGGCAGGCAUACUCACAUCGUCUGACGGAAGCAGUGGUGAGGACAAUGCAAGUGAGACCGUCUUGGCAAGAACUGGAUGAAGUGAUGGUUAGUGUAUCAGCUGAGCACUAUCCUCCUCCACGCAAGUCUCAGCCAGUAGCAGGUCCUAUUCAUCAGGAAUAUUGGAAGAAAGUGCGGCAAAUCCAGGCGCACAAGAGGGCUGGAACCGAGCAUAAUUCAGAAUGCCAGAAGCUUGUGGAGGACAUCAAGGAGGAGGUGUCCCAAUCAGAAAUUUCCCCUUAUCUAAAGGACCCUCGAAUUGCAUGGAUCCCCAAGCCGGGCAAGCCAGCCACCGCCAUGAAAAACCUGAGGCCCAUAGGAGUCAUCAGCGUGCCAGGCAAAGUGCUAGCAGGCGCAGUGAAGACUCGCAUUGCACCAGCACUGCAGGAGAGCUCACAGCUUCAGCCUCAAUUUGCCUACAUCAGGCAGAGGGGGGUGCGGGACGCCAUCGCGAAAGCAUGUCAGCACCUUGAUUUCGUGCAGCAGCUCCGUCAAGUGCAUCGCAGGGACCUGCACAAGUCCCAACGCGGAGCCAGGCAGGCUCAGCUGUCAGGGGCACUUACUAUUUCGGUCGAUCUGAGCAAAGCUUUUGAUUCUGUUAAUAGACAUGAGCUGCUAGCUGCCUUGGAUCGCCUGGGAACAGACCCUGUUACGAAAGAACUGGUAGUUCAACUACACAGUGAGACCUCCUACAACAUGGGCACAAGUGGACUAGAGAUUCAAGUUCCCACUUCUUCAGGAAUCAAACAAGGUUGCAAGCUAGCCCCGGCAUUGUGGUCUGCGCUGACACUUCUAGUCAUGAGCAGAAUGGAGCAGAAAUGGGGCCCAGAUAGCAAGCAAGCUAGGGACAUCCUAACAGUCUUUGCAGACGAUUUCCUGCUCCAGGAAACCUUCUCGAGCUUUCCUGAACUUCAGAAAGUCCUGCUCAGAAUAGAGGCUCUCUUUCAGUCUCUUGAGGACGUGGGGCUGGAAGUCAAUCCAGCGAAGUCCAAAGCCUUGCUAAUGGUUCAGGGCACUCAGCAGUCCAUCUUUCGCAAGAUCGCCCAAGCUCAAGGCAAGUUUGAGCUACUUCGACACAUCCUGUGCUCCACUAAGGCCUUGGAGGCUUCAAAGAAGUUGGAGAUCUGGAGGGUCUAUGUGGAAUCCUCACUCUUGCAUGGGCUUGUGGCCACUGGCGUCACCUCAUCAGGUCUUCAGAAGCUUCAGAGUAAAUACUCUAGGAUGCUAAGAUCCAUCUUUAAGCAACAUCAGCACUACAGCCAUAUUGACACGAAGACUCUGUUCGAGCACUACAAGGUUCAGUCUCCUCAAGCAGUUUUGAUCAGCCAGAUGAAAAACUAUCAAGACGCACUAGAUGCCUGUCAGAAGUCCAACCCGGAUCAGAACAUACAGUGGCAUCUGGGACUUAGAGGUAGGAUUGUUGCGCUGCAACAGGAGCUUCAGAGCAUGCAUUUGGACCUGAUCGAGGCAGACCAGGAGGUACCGUGCUCUCUGUGCGAUCGGAAAUUUUCCAGCGCUAAGGGUCUUCAGCAACAUACUCUGGUGAAGCAUGGAGGACAGCGUGCGAAUCAGCUAGGCCCAAAAUUUCAGGUCACUGUGCAUGCUGCAAAGGACUUCCGCAAUGUGCGGCAUGCAACAGGCAGUUGCGCACAAUGCAUCAACUUCGCAGACAUGUGGAGUCAGGCAUUUGCCCUCAGCUGCACGAGCUGA